GUCGCGUAUCGCCGUACGUUCUCUGCGUUUCAGUUCGAGCUGCACCGCUGCACGGCGCGGCCACGUUCGCUUCUUCCUCCUACGACGCAAGCGUCGCGACGGCGAUCUGCGCACAUUAAACUCGCCUCGACUUCGCGCUCGCGAAGAGUGAAGAGUGAAGAGUGUGGUAAUAGAGAAGAAAGAAGAGAAGAAACGUGACGUUUCCCGACGACAUCCGGGAAUUCGCUUAUACGAGCCCGUCGUGUUCCUCGCGACGAACCCGAGGAGCGGACGCACGAGGAGUCGCGGCGGUGCCGCGUCGAAGAAGUGAAAUCGCGGACGCCUCGCCUGGCGGAGCGACCGGAGGUGACGGUACACACGUGGACGGGCGCGUGUCAGGGUCGCUAAGACCGAGGGAAGGGUAACACGCACAGGAAAGAAAGAAUCGAUCGUCAUCAAAUCGAACUAAAAAUCCUCCAAACUGGGCGACGGAAGAGGAAAACAUCGACGGGUAAGAAUGGCGGACGAAGCCCAGCAGAGUCAAGAACCGAUCACCAAGAAGCAUAAGAUCUUAAGCCAUCUACCCAUUGCCAUCAAAGUGCUCGAAGUGAUACUGUCCAUUUUUGCAAUCGGACUGGCGGUCGAUCCAAUGAACUCGUUCCAGCGCAUUUUCAACAGGCCGCGAUUCAAGCUGGACGACGCAGCCACUAUUUACGUCACGAUCGCCGGCUAUAUGCUCAUCAAUGCGCUCUUCAUCAUCAGCCACAUGUUGGGCGAUCGCGUGCCGAAAAGAACGUUGCUGAUGUUCGCGACCGUGGGUGCGUUUAUGCACGUCGUGGCCGGAAGCCUGAUUGUCCACAAUUGGCGCCAGAUUAACGGUCCUUAUUAUUACGUGCACAACAAUGAAAUCCAUCCCAGCAAGAUGUACAUGGACAUGCUUAUAUCAGCGGCCGUAUUUACAUUCGUGAACGCAGCCGUAUUUAUCACGGAAAGUAUCGCCAUUAUAAGAUACUCGUGAAUACGUGCGUUUUCGCAGGAAAGUCCGUUGAUCCAAACGAGUUGAAGAACUCGCAGGUAUCACCAAAGCUCUAUGGAUAGUUCGUUUAAGAAAAAGCAGGAAGAAAUAUACGAAAGAUCUUAAUCUUUUAAUGUUUAUCGUAAGCAGUUUUACUAAACUCUUUGUAAUUUACGUUGACGACUAUUAUGAAUUGAGAGAUUUAAGAAAUUGAAAAUAGAAAGAUUGCAUUUAUCGAUUGAAUCGUCAUAAUUUUUUUAAUAGCACCUCUUUCGAGGAAAGAUGGUGAGUUGAACUGUACAAUCUUUUAAAAGUAUUAAUUUUGUAAAAUUAUCGAACACAACAUGCAUACAAAGUCGUAUUAGAAAUAGUAAGAAUAUUAUAUAAUAUUUGUUAUCACAGUAGUAGCAUGUAAGGCCGUAUAUAUGCGUGUAAUUAUCGUUAGAAGAUUUAGUAAUUAGUGGCGUUAGCAUAGUUAUAGUAAUUGUCUAACAACGAGACCAAACGCGAAGUUGCAAUCCUCGCGCGCAACAGCCGCGAUUUCCGAAAUAUUCUUUGCUUUGGAUGAAAAAAGUAUCCAUUCGCGUACGAAUCCGUCCAUUUUUGUACCUAAAGCGUUUACUUCUACAAAAUGUUGCAAUAUAUGUAUAAGAAAACUUUAAGCUAUUUGUUAAGCGGAAAAAGAUCUCUUUUUGUCUAUUUUCACUUAUCUACUUGUCUUUAUUCAUCUAUUUAAAUAAAAAUUAUUUAUCAAAUGCAGCUGAUAAAUUUUAAAUUCGCAGCAGCAUUGAUAAAGCACAUGCGAGAUCUGUUCAUUACGCUCUCAUGCUCUAUAUGUGUUUUUUUUUUAUCUAAUGCUUGUAUUUUGUAUAAAAAUAAAGUGAAUAUAAAGAUGUGAAAACUAGAA